AUGUCUGACUUACAUGAUCUAUGUAAAAUUCCUGAGAGACCAAUUACCUCAAAAUAUAUAGAUAGUCUAAACUACUAUUUAAAAAAUGGCAUACCAGCAACUUAUACAAUUGAAGAAGCAUACAAUUUCACAAAUAAUAUCGAAUCAGAACCAACAACAACAACGACCCCAUUACAUCUAAUAUGUACACAUAUACCCAAAGAUUUAUUAGAAGAAGAAAUCAAAAUAGUAACACAAAUGGUAGAGAUUUUAUUUGAAUACGGAGCAGGUUGGUGUUUUACUGAUAUAAAUAAUGAUACCCCAGGUUGUAUACUAAUCAAAAGAAAUCUAAAACAUUUACCAAUAUAUCAAGAAAUAGUAAAUGCUGGAGUUAGAGCUGAAUUAUUAUUGAGAAAAGUAAGUGAGUUUGAUAUGGAAGUUAUUGAAGAUACUGAUGAUUUAGAUCAUGAAGCAUUUGGACAAAUUGAAGAAAAUGUAGAAAUACCGGAUUUAGUCAAAGAAGAAGAGGAAGUAGAACAAGAUGAUAUUAAAGAACCUACGGAAAAAUCAGAUACAAUGGAAAAAACAACUAGCACCAAGAACCAAGAAUCAGCAAAGUCAAUAGAAAUAGAUGAUGAACCAGAAGCACCGUCACAAAACCAACAAUCAUACCUAAACACAAAAUUAGAAUAUAAAAACAAUGCUCUAGUAACAAAAGAUAGAAAAGAUGGAGUAAUGAUGUCAUGGGAAACUGAAAUAAUGAAAAUGGGAAGUGAUUCAUUGGCUAAAGGAUCAUAUAUAGAACCAAGUGAAAAAGAUUCAGAGAUAAAUAUUUUAAAUAUUGGUUUUGGGAUGGGAAUCAUUGAUACUUUUAUACAACAAGAACAACCAACUAAUCAUUAUAUAUGUGAAGCACACCCUGACGUACUAAAAAAAUUACGUGAUGACGGAUGGUACGAAAAGCCCAAUGUUAUUAUAUUAGAAGGACGUUGGCAAGAUGAAUUACCUAAAUUAUUAUCACAAAAUAUUUUUUUCAAUGGGAUUUAUUAUGAUACUUUUUCAGAACAUUAUCAAGAUAUGUUAGAAUUAUUUGAUUUAGUUGUGGGGUUAUUAAAACCGUAUGGUAUAUUUUCAUUUUUCAAUGGAUUAGGAGCUGAUAGGAUUGUUAUUUAUGAAGUUUAUAAAAAAUUAGUUGAAUUGGAUUUGGAAAAUUAUGGAUUAUGUUGUAAAUUUAUUGAUGUUGAAGUUCCUGAAGAAUUAUUUAAGCAUGAAAGUAAAGAAGAUGGAUCUAUUUGGGAUGAUGUUAAGAGAAGUUAUUGGUCAUGUCCUAUUUAUUAUCAUCCAGAAAUUAAAUUUAUGGAUUUUUAG